AUGGAGCCAGCGCACAAUAUCACCCAGAAGAUGGAGGGCCUAACCAUCAACCCGAAAGCCCCCGCCUUGACUUCUCACAACACCACCAUGGAGUCAACCCACAAAAUUUCCCAAGAGAUGGAGGACAUGACCCUCGACCCCAAAGGCCGGGUCGACACGCCCUUCACGACUACUACAUCUUCGCACACCCAACGUGUCCCCAGCGAACAGCAACCCCAACCUUCAACCCCUGCCCCCUUCAACUUCGCAGGCAACUCAGCAGGAGGUUACGUCUACACCACGUCUUCCGAAGGUCUCAGCUUCUCGAACCCCAAUGCAGGCAGCAGCAGCAGCAGCAGCAGCAGCACCACCACCACCGACACCACCAACAUCACCACCAACACCGCCGCCGCCAACCUCUUCCAGGACCAAGACUUCUGCGACCACCUUCUCAACUGCGACGACCCCGUUGGCUUUCUCGAAGUCAGCCUAUACCUUGCCCGCUUCCCCUCCAUGUCCCUCAGCCACAACUUCCCAUCCAGCAACAACCGCAUCACCAAAUCCCGCUCCACCACCUCCUCAUCCUCCCGCGAGCGCCAUCACCACGCUCACCCCAUUCGCCUUGUGCAGCCAGGACUCAUGAGUCCCGAAAUGGGCACCACAAUCUACAAAGCAACGAUGCAAAAAGUCCCCGGCACCACCAUCUACACGACAACAGCGGAAAGAAAAGCAGCUGAGGAAAAGGAAAAAGAGAAGGAAAGGAUGAGGUCGGCCUAUGUCGAGGAUUCUCUUAGGCUUACCAGAGCGAGAGCGGUUGCUGAGAAAGCUGCUAGAGUUGCUCGUGAGAGGCAGAUGCGGAUGCAGAUGCGGUCGGGAGGUUCGGGAAUGGGCGGCGCUGACGGUGAGGAUUCAAGUUCGUUCCUGAGGGGUCGGGAGAGGGCGAAGAAGACUUGGGUCAAUGAUGAGGGGAAUGUGGUGGAAGAGAGAUGGUUGGAGCCGAAUCCAAUGGUUUCAUGGAGAGAGGCAAGUGAAGACUUUGAUGGGAUGGAUAGUGUUGAGGAGAGUGUUUGUGAGAAAGAGGAUGAUGAUGAAGAUGAUGAUGAGAUGAUGGAGUGA